AUGAGUCCACCACGCUCCCCGGUUGCCGCCGCGGCGCUGGCGCUGCUCGCGCUCACGGUGGCACUAGCCGCCGCGACGACCGUCGCCGCGGCGCGCGACUUGAGCUCGGCGGCGCCGCUGGAGCGGGCGGACGAGGAGGUGCGGCGGCUCUACGAGGCGUGGAAGUCGGAGCACAACCGGCCACGCGACGGCAGCUCCGACAGGCUGGAGGUGUUCCGCGACAACCUGCGGUACAUCGACAGGCACAACGCGGAGGCGGACGCGGGGCUGCACACCUUCCGCCUCGGCCUCACCCCCUUCACCGACCUCACCCUGGAGGAGUUCCGAGCCCGAGCCUUCGGCUUCCUCAACUCCACUCUUCCCCGCGUCGCGAGCGACCGCUACCUGCCCCAAGCCGGCGAUGACCUCCCCGACGCCGUCGACUGGCGCCAGCAGGGCGCCGUAACCGGGGUCAAGAACCAGCUGGACUGCGGUGGGUGCUGGGCGUUCUCGGCGGUGGCAGCAAUGGAGGGGAUCAACAAGAUCGUGACGAACAACCUCAUAUCGUUGUCGGAGCAGGAGCUGAUUGACUGUGACAGUGAGGACUACGGCUGCCACGGUGGAGAGAUGCAGAAGGCUUUCCAGUUCGUGAUCGACAACGGCGGCAUUGACACCGAGGCCGACUAUCCCUUCAUCGGAACUAAUGGGACUUGCGAUGCCAUCAGGGAGAAGAGAAAGGUUGUGUCCAUAGAUUCAUACGAGAACGUGCCGACCAACGAUGAGAAGGCGCUGCAGAAGGCGGUGGCGAACCAGCCGGUCAGUGUCGCCAUUGACGCGAACGGUCCUGCAUUCCAACACUACAGCUCGGGCAUCUUCAACGGGCCAUGCGGGUACAUACUGGACCACGGCGUCACGGCGGUGGGCUACGGCAGCGAGGACGGCGAGGACUUCUGGAUCGUGAAGAACUCGUGGGGUCCCGAGUGGGGCGAGGCCGGCUACAUCCGCAUGAAGCGCAACGUGCUUUUGCCCAUGGGCAAGUGUGGCAUCGCCAUGUACGCGUCCUACCCCGUCAAGAACGGCCGCUAG